AUGCCACCCGGGUCCUCCACGUUUUUCUCUACCCGAACCGUCUUGGCAUCUUUCAUCUUGUUGCCUCUUGUACACGCAAGCAUCUUGAGCGACCUUCGCCAUAAUUACUUUGCCCCCACGCCAGCUCCCGAAGACGGCCCUGCCUUUUCCGCCAACGCGGUCCGCAACAAGAAAUAUUUGCCCCUCCAGGCCGGUGCCAUUGUCGGAGCCUACGCCGUUGCUCUCAUCUUUGUCGCCAUUGGGCUCCUGUUACUUUCCAAGACACGCCGUGACCAUCUUCUUGUCGACGACGAGGACGAAGCUGACGCGUACGCCGCCGCCUUUGAACAGAUUUGCAGCCCCAGAUUCUCGCCAGAGAGCGAUCCAUUUCCACUGGCUGGAAAGUUUGCCGGAGGGCAGGUUCCCAACUUUUCGUACAAGUCACCGACGAGAAGCGAGUUCAACGGCACGCCGUAUAUUCAACCCCGCAAUCUGUCCCACGCUUCUGUACCAGGCGUUUGUUUUCAAGUCGACCAAGCAAUCGUCGCAGCAGACCGCGCAAUGGCACAGGACCAGCUCGAGGAUAUGUACAGACAUGUGAUGGAGCAUGAGGAAGCCAAGGAACAGGGCAUGGCCUUGGAGAUGCCCGUAGUUGGACCUACCAGUCCGCGUGGCAGCGCCAUGUCAAGAAAGACCAAGCCGACAUUCCUCAAUUUGAGUGCCGGCAGCAAGGAAAAGACGGAGAAUGAGGAAAAGACGCGGUCUCGAGCGUCGUCGUUCUUCGCCGGUCUACGGUCUCCUCGAAAGACCAAGCCCAAGGGCAUUACCAUUUCGUCACCCAUCAUGACCCCGCAAACUGGUACAUUUCCGCGCCACGACGCUCAGGAGAUGAGCGCUAUCCCGCCUCGGCAUUAUGCGCCUGCCGCUCCGCCUCCCGUGCCGACAGACCAUGCCCACUUUAUUGGACAGGCCCGGUCCAGCAACAUGACUCUUCCCUUAACACCGCCGGAUCGGUCGCCGACGAGUAUUCAGAGCAUUGAUGGGCGUCUUGGCGCCCAGCUAUCUCAGCUUGACACAUCCAAAGAUGCCUCGCAGCAGCAGCAGCAGCAGACUGGGGAAGGAGAUCCAGAAUCUGCUGUUUCUCAGCACUCGCAGGCACCUUUGUUGGGCCUCCCAUCUUCGCCAAAGCCUGGGGUAACUUUUGGCACGUUGCCCUCGUCGCCUCGGCCAGGGGUCAGGUUUCAGCGCGCGAAUCCUCCGUCUGCCGUUCGCACAGGUGGCUCACUGCCUCUACGAGCGUAUGAGCCGUCAUUGAGUUCACCUUCAGCUGCUCCACGAAUGAUCAACCACACAGUGUUUAACGUCCGACACGACCCUUUGUCACCCGGAGGACGGACACCAUUCACAGCCAACGCUGUUCCGUAUACUCCGUAUCAACCAAACACUCCUGUCGUGCCUAUCACUCCGUCACUGGUGACCCGAGAGGAUAGGAAGAGGAUGAAGAAGAUGGUACCGAAGACGCCGACGGUGGAAAUGGUGCGCAGUUCGGAUGAUAUAUGGUAG